ACCACCGAGUUUAUUCACUUAUUUGCUUACAAACGGUGUAUCAAGUAGGUUUUACUUGUCUAAGAACAUUCCGGUGAAUCAGCCUCUAACGGGCUAAAAAUACACACUCACCCAGCUGGUUACGCCGCUGUAGCUAACAUUAGCUAACACCGGCAGCUGCCAGGCUCUGUAACAUUAGCCAGCCGUUUGCAGCCUAUGGGAGCAGUUACAGCGGAGAAAAAAAUGGCCGAGGCAGUCGCAAAUGUGGCCCGGAGGAUUAAUGCAACCGUAGAGGAGGGCAAAGAUUGUUUGGACCUGUCAGACUGCAAGCUCAUUUCUUUCCCAGACGGUGUGUUCAAGGUCCUGAGGAGCGUCUCGGAAAACAUCCGCGUUAUCACGCUGGCUGACAACGAGAUGAAGGCCAUCUCUAGCAAGUUCUUUUCGACUUUCACUCAGCUCAGAGAACUGGACCUGCGGGGAAAUGUUCUCACCAAAUUGCCCGACUCUGUUGGAGAAAUGGAGCAUCUGACCAGCAUCAAUCUGGCUAAUAACAGCUUCUCGGACUUCCCUGAUAAGCUGACUGAAAUAGCCUCGCUGGAGAGGAUUGACCUGGAGGGAAACAGCAUCACUGAAAUACCGCUGGAGAAGCUGGCCGCCAUGCCGGCGCUCAAGUGGCUCAACGUGAAGUCGAACCCGUUGGACUCAAACACUCAGGCCGCUCUGCAAGCUCCCCAAAAGUUUGACGUUUUGUCAACAACAGGAUCCUAAAAUGUAGCGUGAAACAUACGUCUCAGCGCCUAUAGACUGCAUGCUGUGUGCCUUUGACUACUUGGGUUGGUUCUGUGCCUGAGAGGUGAGAAUAAAAAAAUACUUGAAGACAUCACAAAGCUGUACAAGGACCAGGAAGAUGUGUGAGGAUGACGUCUUGGGUUGAGCUGUCAGACCUGCUGGCCAUCACACCCUGCUGCCUUUGGAGAUUUUGGACUUUUGGACGUGAAAUCAAUCAUUGUUGAUGCACAAUCUGACGUGUUUUUGUGUCAGAUUGUAGAUUCAUAAGGGCUUAUUUAUUGAUCUUGGUGGUAUAAUUAAAGAUUAUACUGAGGAA